AUGUCCAAAAGAAAGGCUAAAGGGGAUGCUAAAGGAGACAAAACCAAGGUGAAGGACAAGCCACAGAGACCCGAAAGGUUGUCUGCUAAACCUGCUCCUCCAAAGCCAGAGCCCACACCUAAAAAGGCCCCCGAGAAGAAGGGAGAGAAGGUACCCAAGGGGAGGAAGGGGAAAGCCAACGCUGGGAAGGACGCAAAUAAUCCUGCAGAAAAUGGAGAUGCCAAAAGAGACCAGGCACAGAAAGCCUAAGGUGCUGGAGAUGCCAAGUGACAUGUGUGCAUUUUUGAUAACUGUGUACCUCUGGUGACUGUACAGUUUGAAAUACUAUUUUUUAUCAAGUUUCAUAAAAAUGCAUAAUUUCAUUUUACUUCUUUUUUUUUUUUUUUUUAGCUAUAUUGUUAGCACACAGAACACUUCAUUACUGGGUGGAGGAAGGAUCAUGUGUCAGUAACAAAAUCUCUCCCAUGCUGGAUUGAGGACAGAAAACCUCUUUCCCUGGUAAUUUUGAAAGGCUCCUGUUGGCUCCCAGGAGAGACAUCCUGGUCUCAACCAAGGUGGCCACCAAGGCACAAAAUGCCUUGUGGUCUGGGAAAUCUAUAAAUUCAUUUUUAUAUCCUCUUCCCCCUGUACUAUUAACAUAAGACUUAAUUCCCUUAAAAACCAGAGACCUGUUGGAACCUGGCCCCCAAAAUUGGUUUCCCGGUCCAUUGAGCGAUGUGGACUUUGCAGUGACUUCAUCCAGUGUUCUCAGAAGAGCACUGGUUCCUUUUAUAAAAGAUUGUGGAACUUCAGAUUGAUAAUUCUGCCAUGCUUGUUUUCCGAAAGUCAGGGUCGGCUUGUGAAAAGUUGUUAGACAACAUCCUUAAUGUGAGAUGUCAACCCUCACUCUAAGCUACUUCCCCCUUUUCAAAGCACUGAAUGAAGACUUCAUUGGGUUUUAUAGUGGCUUUCUGAUUUUGGUAGUCUAUACAAGGGAAUUUGGAAGUUCUUGCAUAUUGUUGAUUGUCUGCCCAUGUCCUGCCUGAAAUACCACGAUUGUUUAUGAAAAGUAUCUUUAAUAAAGCUGGUUACAGUUAGGCUUGGGAAAAAAAAAAAGAUUCACCCUUACAGAACUCAAAAUGAAGCUUUUCAAAGAUUAACACGCAAACAAUGCUAGUGUUUUAUGACCUGGAGCUGUUCUUAUUUUUAACUAAAGGAGAGGGCAUGGCCUUCAUCUACUCCUAAACACAGCAGAGACUGCCUUAAAACUUCUGUCUGCCUCAUUCCCAGGCUCCCUGCUGUGCAAAAGUCAGACGGUAGGCGCCUUGUCACUGAUUCAAGCGUCAGCCACACAAGCAGAUUUCGCUCUUUCUUUCCUUUCCUUUCUUUUUUUUUUUCUUUCUUUCUUUCUUUCUUUUUUUUUUUUUUAAACAGGGUUUCUCUAUAUAGCUCUGGCCAUCCUGGAACUCAGACAUCUACCUGCCUCUGCCUCCCAAGUGCUGGGAUGAAAGACAGGCACCACCAUCUAUGCCCAACUACGAAUCUUUUUCAAUAAGACUGUCUUUGGACCUUAAAGUAGAACCCAAUGAGAUAAAUCCUAUGCCACAAAGCUUUUUAAAAAUAAAACCUCUCAGCCACAUUAAAACAUGUAAUGGUUAAUCUUAAUUGUCAACCUGACUGGACUGAGAAGUACUCAGACACCUGUGUGGGGAUCGGCAAUGGUACUUCCAAAGACUAUGGCAAGCGCUGGCCUAGUGAGCUGGAUGUAGUAAUCCCUGCCUGUGUUCACAAUGGGAUACAUGAGGUGUACAGGGAGAAGGUGGGCUGCUAGAAGUCUUACAUCACUCACUCCUUCCCCACCCCUCCAGUGCCUCCCAGUGCCAUGACAUGAACUGCUCCACCAUACCCUCCCCACCAUGACAGACUGACAACUCUACAACUGUGAGCCGAGGUAAUCUUUCUUGCUAUGAGCUGUUCUUUCAGGAAUGUUAGGCACAAUGAAGUCACUACUGCGUGUGUAUAGAAUAAUCUAAUACACUGACUUAAAACUAUACCAACUACAAUCCCACUAUACUACUUUCUCAGCCGUGCCGUGUUUUCCUUCCUUGUCCAUGAGGGGCGGGGGACUGAAACUGUUCUGAAACUGUUCACCAUUCCUGUGCAUUUCUCACUAUUGUCCCCAAAUAUGUUCUGUCCUGGUCUGGUCUGUUCUAGAAGUGUUUAAAUUUAUAUAAAAACCUGUAGUUCCUUUGCCCAGCCUGAUCUUUGGCUUGAUACAUUGUCAAUAAAGAUUUUAAUGUUGAUCACGCAGGUCAUUUUCAUGGUUAUACAUUAUCCUAUAAAUGUAACACAAUACUUUACUGUUGGUGGGUAUUUAAGUGCCUUAAAUCAGACUAAAUUGUUCCCAGAGAAAUGAUGGCCGAUUUUAUUAAAACACACACUAAAAUACAGGAUUCCCAAGGAACCUGCUUUUCUUUCACUCUCCCCAUACCCUUGACUAACACAGACCUCAGAUAACAGCAUUUUAGUGAGCUAGCUCCUACCUGCUCACUGCCUCUGCAGGAUGGGAGGGGCUUGCUCAUGCAGGAUCUGUACCAGGAUGACUCCUGACAGAGCCACCAACAAGCUGGUGAAGGGGGCAUCAGAAAGGCAAGAAAUUGCCCACUGCCUUUGCUUGCACCUUGGUUAUUAAGAAUGUAUUUUCCUAUAAUGUCAAUCAUUAGGUUUGAAAUUAUCACCAACUUGGUGGUCUGUGAAAUCACGGAAACCAAGAAUAAGAAAAUUUGCAGUUUUUUGAUUUUUUUGUCUUUUCUCCUUUUCAUGUGCAUGCAUGUGUGCUCUGUAAGUGUGUGACAUAUUUACAUGUAUGUGGGCCCAUGUGCGCAUGCAGUUGAAUGAGCACAUGUGUGUGGAGACCCAAGGUUGAUAUCAGGAAUCUUCCUAGGUCCCUCUUCCACCUUAUCCUUUGAGGCCGAGUCUCUCGGUCAAACCCAGAGCUCUAUGCUAUGGCUGGUCUCACUUGCCAACAGGUGGGCUGACAUGCCUUCCCAGGACUG